UCCCCAAUCUCAAACCCAAAAAUCCUUAAUCUCUUCUUACCCCCCCCUCUCUCUCUCUCGAUCAAAGGCGAGCGGCGGAGGAGCAGUGUCGUCGGAGGAGGAGCAGCGUCAGAGCAGCAGCAGCGCCAGCCUCCUCUUCUGCCACCUCAGCAUCUCUUAUGUAUAAGGAAAGACGAUGGGAUCUCAAGGACCUUAUUGGAUCUGGUGGGAUGCCAUCUUCCCAUUCUGCAACUGUCACUGCUCUUGCUGCAGCUGUUGGUUUUUAUGAUGGAUUUGGAGGAUCACUGUUUGCAACUGCAUUAAUCUUCGCAUGUGUUGCGAUGUAUGAUGCAUUUGGUGUAAGAUUACAUGCUGGUCGCCAAGCAGAGGUUUUGAAUCAAAUUGUAUAUGAACUUCCUGUUGAACAUCCUCUGGCUGAGAGCAGACCACUACGUGAACUUCUUGGGCACACGCCUCAACAGGUUAUUGCUGGUGCAUUGUUGGGACUUGUCACAGCAAUAAUCGGUUACGUGAUCACUUGGUCUAGUAAGCAAGCUUGA